AGUGUCUUCCCACAAAGCAUGAUACAGCAAAUUGAUCCAUCGAUUUAUUCCUUCAUCCAGUUCAAGACACUCCUGCUUGUGUCGCUCACCCAUGCAUGAACAAUGUCAUGGACAGAUGAAUCUUCGCCGGCACCGGCUCAGUCAUCUCUAUCCUUUACACAGGGAUUUCUCCUCGGACAGCUCUCAGUUGUGCUGCUGAUCUUCGCCUUCAUCAAGUUCUUCAUCUUCGGCGAAGCUCCUCCUCCCCCGUCUCGCGGCCUCUCCAGGAACAGGCGUGUUCAUUCAAUCUACAAUAUCGCAUCAAGCUCUUCUCAGACCAGGACACUACGUGACAAGCCGUCCACUUCCAAUGUUCUCCGGCCGGUUCCGUCAUCUUCGACCAGUAUUCAGUCCAUCCUGCGAAAGACGUACUACACCACUAUUCCCAUGAAUCCUUCCGCUGCGAAGCAUGGCCGCCAGAGAAUGCAUCACUCAUCACAUCAGCCUGAGUCCCUGGACUGGUUCAAUGUGUUGAUCGCGCAGACAAUCGCCCAAUACAGACAAACGGCGUACGUUCUAAAGGACUCGCCGACGUCCUCGAUACUCAAUUCGCUCACUGCAGCGUUAAACAAUCCGGAGAAGAAGCCAUCCUUCAUCGACAGAAUUACAGUCACAGAUAUAUCAUUAGGGGAAGAAUUUCCUAUCUUUAGCAAUUGCCGUAUUAUUGCGGUUGAUGACCCAAAUUCCGACGGUGGAAGGCUACAGGCCUUGCUGGAUGUUGAUCUGAGCGACGACAACCUCUCCAUUGCUAUCGAGACAUCUCUGAUAUUGAAUUACCCGAAGCCACACUCUGCUAUUCUUCCUGUCGCACUGUCUGUGUCCGUUGUCCGGUUUUCCGGGACUCUAUGUAUCUCCCUCAUCCCCGCAUCUACGCCAUCGUCUGAUCUUCAAACCCCGUCCCCGUCCCCGUCAGGUCGUAAUGCGGCAAGCGGCGAGGCAAAACCGUCAGAGGAUUCCGCAGCUUCUACACCGCCAAAAGCUGAAAGUUUAAAGGGGAAUAUUGCUUUUUCCUUCCUCCCUGACUACCGGCUUGACCUUUCCGUACGGUCCCUAAUUGGCUCUCGUAGCAGGCUUCAGGAUGUACCGAAGGUUGCCCAGUUAGUCGAGGCUCGUGUGCAUGCCUGGUUCGAGGAACGCGUGGUGGAGCCACGAGUACAGGUCAUUGGGCUGCCGGAUCUUUGGCCACGGAUGGGUAGGACGAGCGUCAGAGCAGGCGAUGAGCCGCAGCAAGACUCUGCCGGACCCAAGAACAUCGGAGUUCCACCUCGCUAUACCCCCAACAGCGGCCGUGAACCAGAAAGUCUCAGAUACCGCGGUGGGUUGUCUCCGCAAAUGGGUCCUGACAUUGCUUCGCAACCGGGUAGUUUGAAUGUUGAAACCGGUGGCUUCCGUGGUCAUAGUAUGACUAGGCAAGAAAGUAACGGCAGUAUGGCUGACCGGUUACGAAUUCCCGGAUCCAUGCCUGAUGGCGUCACUGCUACCUGAGAAAUGUAGAUUUUUGUUGGAUUAUCCUCAUGGAGAUGGAAGGGGGGAAGGUAGAAAAUGGGAAAAGCAAAGUUCUAAGCGCCCACUAUAGAAUUCAUCGAAUGAA